CAGCGACGCCACACCUGGCAGCCAUGCUCAUCGUCUUCAGAGGUCUCUCACAUCGUCUGCGCGUUCUGAGCGCCGCAUCCGCCGCCAUCGCGCUCCUCUCCUUCGGCUCCAGCCACACGAUCCAGAGCCUCGUCGUCGCCGCCGUGACGAUCCUCUACCACAUCAUCGUCUACUCCUACGAGAUGCGCGCGCACCAAACCGAGGGCGGCCUCGCGCGCGAAUACACCAGUUACUCCGCGUACCCUGCGAUCGCCGGCGCAGGCAUGUUGUUCCUGGGGUGGCUGCUGGAUACCAUUGCCCUGAUCAUCGGCAUGGUUAUAUCCCUGGCCUUCAUCCACUUCAACGUUAUGCAAAUUAUCAACUUGAUCCUGGAGGUCGGCCAGGUCUUCGUGUUGGGUGCAAUACUGCAGACGGCGGUGUAUGAGAGGCGACAUGGCGCGCCUGGAGCUGUCUCUUUGGGAAGUGACGCGGCAUAGUCGCGGGAGAGGGAAGGUGCUAGAGGGAACGUUCGAUAUCUAUUCGACCUGAUCACGCUCAUCAUAUCUGUACAUCUAAUCCAGAAUUUGACCGACUGCACGUUAAAGUGUCACU